UCCUUGGUUCCAUACAUCCAAACAAAGCACAGUUCUCUUGCACUGUGCAGCAAAUCUUAGCUUUGAGAGAUAUAGCUUCCUUCCGUCCGGUUCUAUUCCACGAUCGAGCCAUGGCUCCAGCUCCAGUUCUUGCAGUCGUGUUGCUCGCAGUCGCUUGGCUGUCGGCCGCGGCCGCUGCUGAUGGCGCUGCCACCAGCACUUCAUCGUCUCCGGCGCCGGUCGGAGGAUGGCUGAAGGCGCAUGCCACGUUCUACGGCGGCGCUGACGCCUCCGGCACCAUGGGAGGGGCGUGCGGGUACGGGAACCUGUACUCGCAGGGCUACGGCACGCGCACGGCGGCGCUAAGCACGGCGCUCUUCAACGAUGGCGCGUCGUGCGGGCAGUGCUACAAGAUCGCCUGCGACCGCAAGAGGGCGAACCCGAUGUUCUGCAAGCCCGGCGUCACGGUCACCGUCACCGCCACCAACUUCUGCCCGCCCAACUACGGGCUGCCCAGCGACAACGGCGGCUGGUGCAACCCGCCGCGCCCCCACUUCGACAUGGCGCAGCCGGCCUGGGAGAAGAUCGGCGUCUACAGCGGAGGCAUCAUCCCCGUCAUGUACAGAAGAGUUCCUUGCCUGAAGCGAGGUGGAGUGCGGUUCACGAUCAACGGGCACGACUACUUCAACCUUGUGCUUGUGGCCAAUGUGGCAGCUGCCGGCUCCAUCAAGUCCAUGGACGUCAAGAGCUCCAGUUCGGAUAAUUGGAUACCAAUGGCGCGCAACUGGGGAGCGAACUGGCACUCUCUUGCGUACCUUACUGGGCAAAUGCUCUCGUUUAGAGUCACCGACACUGAUGGGCAGACACUUGAAUUCACAAACGUGGUGCCAAAAGGAUGGAAAUUUGGCCAAACAUUCGCGAGCAAGAUACAGUUCAAGUGAGUAGCUCCAUGUGGGAUUUCCUGCGAUUAUUGAUCUGUGGGAGUAUGAUUUCAACGUGGUCAAAGAGUUGCUUGUGGUGUACAUGAAUUACUUGUAUGUGGUGUGGGUUCCUAUUCAGCAGCUAUGGCUUGUAUGUCACAUUCUUUUUAUUGUACAUAUAUUCAAUGUCUAAAUUAACUUUUACUUGUGUAUAUAUUCAA